UAGUGAUCAGUUAUUGGUAGUACCAGGACAAUUCCAACAGAAAGGAGCCGCAACAUGCUGGUAUCAAAGCUUUUGCGAUUCAGAGAUGGACCCAUGUGGCACAGUCUUAAUGAUUAUGGAGUGGACUGGAGAUCUGGAAUAAAUAAAGCAUAGAAUAUUUAAAGAGCUAGAUUUGGCAUGAAUUCUCUUUCAUCCAUAUCUGCCCUUGGGGUUAUACAAAAUGGAUCAGGUGUGUUGGACUAAGGAGGAAGAUGCAGAUGCCAUUGUACUCAAUAUGUGGGGAAUCACACCAGAGACAAUUGGCCGUCUACUGACCAAUAAAUGGGCCAUGGUCAGAGGUAUUCAAGAAGGAAUUGUGGCUGGAAUGGUAGCUGCAACACUCCAAUACGAAAAAACAACCAAUGCUGUCCAAGGAAGACUGGCCAGGAUUCGCAAAACGCAUCCUGAGAUUUGGUCAAACAAAGGCAGCUGGAAUAGGAACACAGUCCCUGCUUUCCUUGAGAAUUUGCAACUUGACCGAGACCUUGUCUGCAAUCUCUUGACAUUAAGUCUGUUCUUCUUUUUUUUUUUUUUUUUUUUUUUCUCUCUCUUCUUUUUACAAUGGUUCUGUGCACUGACUUUCAUUUAGCAUCAAACAGUGGAUCAUCUGCUAUCAGCAAAUGGAACGGCGACAAGCGGCAGCCAGUGAAGCGAG